AAAUUAUAUAAGGAAUAAAGAUGCUGAAGCAGAUGGUGUUUAGUCAGAUGGCUCGUGGAAAGCGGCUAUUCUUCAGCGGUUCACGCAAAAUGUGUCGCGCAUUCCUACCUUUCCUCUUCCCCUUUUCUCUUCUACCACUGCCCUUUCAUGACCACUUAAAGUCGUAAUCUAUCCGAAAACCUCAACACAAAAUCAAAAUCAAAUAGAAAUAGCUAUGGCUCGGAAAUCCUUCCCGAUCCUAAAACAACUCAUCCAACAAUGCACUAACCGAUCAUUCACCUCUACCGCUUCCCCACGCGCCGUCACAUUGAUCCCAGGCGACGGCGUAGGUCCACUAGUAACCGAUGCAGUAGAACAAGUGAUGAAGGCGAUGAAGGCGCCUGUUUACUUCGACAGAUACGAAGUGCGUGGUGAUAUGAAGUGUAUGCCGGAGGAAGUGAUGGAUUCUAUUAAGAAGAAUAAGGUUUGUUUGAAAGGAGGGUUAAUGACUCCCGUUGGUGGAGGUGUUAGUUCACUGAAUGUCCAGAUGAGGAAAGAGCUUGAUUUGUAUGCGUCGAUUGUGCAUUGUUUUACUUUGCCUGGGUUGCCUACGCGACACAACGAUGUGGAUAUUGUUGUGAUUAGGGAGAAUACUGAGGGUGAGUAUGCUGGACUUGAACAUGAGGUUGUUCCUGGUGUCGUUGAGAGUCUUAAGGUGAUAACAAAAUAUUGCUCAGAACGAAUAGCAAAAUUUGCGUUUGAGUAUGCUGAUGUAAACAAAAGAAAAAAGGUGACAGCUGUGCACAAAGCCAACAUUAUGAAACUUGCAGAUGGUCUUUUCUUAGAAUCCUGUAGGGAAGUUGCAGCUAAAUAUCCAGAAAUACAGUAUGAGGAGAUUAUUGUGGAUAAUUGCUGCAUGCAACUUGUCUCAAAGCCGGAGCAAUUUGAUGUCAUGGUGACGCCCAACCUCUACGGAAAUUUGAUUGCAAAUACGACUGCUGGUUUAGCUGGUGGCACAGGAGUCAUGCCAGGAGGUAAUGUUGGCACUGAUCAAGCAGUUUUUGAGCAAGGUGCUUCUGCUGGGAAUGUUGGCAACGAAAAGAUAUUGAAGCUUAAGAAAGCAAAUCCGGUGGCACUUCUUCUGUCAUCAGCAAUGAUGCUGAGACAUCUUGAAUUUCCAUCAUUUGCUGAUCGUUUAGAAACUGCUGUACGACGUGUAAUAGCAGAGGGAAAAUUCAGGACAAAGGAUGUUGGAGGAGAUAGCACCACCCAAGAAGUUGUUGAUGCAAUUAUAGCUGCUGUAGACUAAUCGGCAAUGACACACAGCAAAUGUUUAGGAUAAUUAUUCACUAUCCGGAGAUCUACUUUGCCCUUUUCUUUUGUGCAGCUGCAAUUUUGUUUUGACUUUCCGAGAAUUUUGCUGCCAUUAUUCUUAUUAAUCUUUGUCAUUGGUUAAUAAUUAAAAAUUGAUGCAUGACUGCUGUCUAUGCCUUGUGCAUAUAAACCUGUAAAGGAUCACUUUGUUCUGUCCAUAUUACUUGAAGGAAUUUUGCUUCGUGGUGAAA